AUUUUCCUGUUCUUUUCUUGAAGACCUUUACCAAGAACAAUCACUCUUCCUUCUUCACUCCAUCUACCCACACAAUAAUCUCCAUAUUUCUUCCUUUCGGCAAAGCAAAAUGGGUCCCACAAAUGGCGGAAUCGAAACACCAAUACUAGAAAAAGAAAUCUCCAGAAUACUCCAGCGCGUAUCCCAGGAAGGUGGUGGAUACGCUUUUGCAUGUAUGGCGGCGGCAGCACGUGACGGGGAUGCACGUGCUGCGGAGGCAGCACGUGAUAUGGCAUGGGAGCAACUUCACUGUGGGCCAUGGCACUCUGUUAUGCCAAUCUGGAGAGACGCGUAUUCAAUGGCGUGCUUACACGUGGCGAAACACCAUUUCGCCGGCGGUGACUUGGAGGAGACGUUAAAGGUUCUAGAUUUAGGGUUGAUUAUGGGCGGGUCGCUUUUGCGGGUUGAUAUUGAAAAUGGGGUUGAUAAAGUUAUGGCGGUUUUGGAGGAGAGAGAAAAUAGAAGUGAUAAGGCUAAGUUUGAAAAUGGUGAUGGCAAAGGAAGUAAUUGUGGUGCUGGGUUACUACUUUCUUCACUUGAUUUUAAUGAAAUUGAGGUUCUCGGCUCAUUGCCGCCAAAAUCACUUUCUUCGAAGCUUGUUGUAAAGCACGCUGCAUUAUCUUUAGAGGGCUUCCUUCAAGACUAUUAUCUAUUGGGUUUGCCCGUUAUAAUCAGCAAUUCAAUGGAUCAUUGGCCAGCAAGAGCUAGGUGGAACAGCCUUGAUUAUUUGAAAAGGGUUGCGGGUGGUCGGACAGUCCCUGUCGAGGUCGGGAAAAAUUACCUUUGUUCUGAUUGGAAGCAAGAGCUCAUCACAUUUUCUCAGUUUCUUGAACGGAUCAAGUCUAGUAACACUUCUGCAGUUCCCACAUAUCUUGCGCAGCAUCCUUUGUUUGACCAGAUAAAAGGGCUGAGGAAGGACAUUCUUGUUCCGGACUAUUGUUAUGCUGGUGGUGGGGAAUUGAGGUCAAUUAAUGCUUGGUUUGGUCCUUCUGGGACUGUAACACCUUUGCACCACGAUCCUCACCAUAAUAUAUUUGCUCAGGUUGUCGGUAAGAAGUAUGUAAGACUAUAUGCAGCAUCACUAUCCGAGGAGCUUUAUCCGCAUUCAGAAACCAUGUUGUGCAACUCCAGUCAGGUCGAUUUGGACAACGUAGAUGAGAAUGCAUUUCCAAGAGUGAAGGACCUUGAAUUUAUGGAUUGCAUUUUAGAUGAAGGAGAAAUGUUAUACAUUCCUCCUAAGUGGUGGCACUACGUACGAUCUCUCACUCCGAGCUUAUCGGUCAGUUUUUGGAUAAACAACUCUGAAGGAAUGGCGAAAACCACACCACCACUCAAUUAAUCGAUGUGGAAGAACUUCGUGCUGAUUUGCUCAAUAAAUAUCAGUAAAUAUCCGACUUUACUGUUUAUCGACCCAUGAAUAUGGAAAACUGAGCCUCAUUCUUAAGCUAGACAAUAGGAUUUUCUUGAAUGUGUUGUCACAAAAGUUUCUUUUAUAAGGUGUGCCCUUUCUGUCUGUACUCUCUGUACCUUCAAUGUACUGUGGUUACAAAUAUGCAUCAGGAAAUGAUAAUUUGUUAA